AUGAGAGCAACACAGAGUAGGCAGAAGUCGUACGCCGAUCGAAGAAGAAGACCGCUUGAGUUCAANGAAGGGGAUCAUGUGUUUCUGCGUGUGACACCGAUGGCAGGUGUGGGUAGGGCUAUCAAGGCGAGGAAGUUGUCUCCUAAGUUUCUCAGUCCUUAUGAGAUUCUUAGGCGGAUUGGACCGGUAGCGUAUGAGAUAGCGUUACCGCCGCAGUUGGCAAACCUACAUAAUGUUUUUCACGUGUCUCGGUUGAGGAAAUACAUUCCAGAUCCUACACAUGUGCUUGAGGUUGAUGAUAUACAAGUUCGUGAAGAUCUUACAAUCGAAGCUGGGCCAGUCAAGGUGUUGGAGGCGCAAACGAAGAAUCUGAGGGGAAAGGAAAUUCGCACGGUGAAGGUGUUGUGGAAUGAGAAAACCCAAGAGAUGACUUGGGAGCUUGAAGAAUUUAUGAGAAAAGAAUACCCGCAAUUGUUCGCAUAGUAGUGGCCUUAAUUUUCGUGGACGAAAAUUUUUGGAGUAGAGGAGAAUGUAAGACCCGUAUAAAUAAAAUGAUUACUUACUUUAAGUAUUUUAUUUUUGUGAUAUUAGAUAAUAAUCGUGAUGUGAACGUUGUUGAGAAAUAUUUAAGGAAGGGAAGAAAAUUAAAUUAAUAUUGAUUUUUUU